UUUUUUGCUUGUUGAAUAAAAAAAAUAUAUUAUAAUCAGUGUAUGUCAUAUUUAUUAUUUCCAUUUCAGAGAGGCAAAUCGGGAGCAAUAUAAAUAUAUAGAUAGUUUGCCAAACAGUCAUAAGUUGAUUAUAACUGGUUUAAAAACAAACACACUCUACUUAUUCUCUGUGAUGGCCUACAAUGAUCUGGGUAACAGUAAAUACUUACCGGAUUUACAACGAGCACAAACUAAAGGGUUGGAUAUAGCAACUGAAGAGUUAACUGAGGAUUCGAGUACUCCCAAUCUUGUCAUACUUGGAAUAUCCAUGGCCGCCUUUGGAUUCUUGGUGGUCAACGCAGCCCUAGUCGCUUGGUUCUUUGUACAUAAUCGUAAAGAGAAAGGUUUGUUUUAUUAUGUAAAUUUUAUUUUAUUUAUGUUAUUUAUUCAUUUGUUUGUUUGGGUUGGCUUUCAUUUACCGCCGAUUUUUUCUACUACAUCGGAAUGGGUGGCCCGAAAUUAAUGUCCUCAUAUGCACACGUUGCUAAACGAUCACACUUUUGUUUAACAGUACUUUUAUUAUUUAAUAUUAACUGAUUUUAUAAACA